AUGACGACAGAGGCGGGGACACUGGCGCUGCAGCUUCCAGGAUGGCAGGUCUUCCAAAGCAUGAGCGCCAACGAAAAGAUGGUAGACAGAGAUCCAGGUACACCCACCUGGAAGUUCACACAAUGCUUUGGUGAUAAAGGUGAUGUAGAAGAUAUCACAGAAGCGGACAUCAUCUCGACCGUCGAAUUCGAUCACACCGGAAAUUAUUUGGCCACCGGAGAUAAGGGUGGACGAGUGGUUCUAUUCGAACGUAACGAAACGAAAAAAACCUGCGAAUAUAAGUUCCACACCGAAUUUCAGUCGCACGAGCCCGAAUUCGAUUACCUCAAAUCGUUAGAGAUUGAAGAGAAGAUCAACAAGAUAAAAUGGUGUCGGCGCCAGAAUGCUUCACACUUCCUCCUUUCGACCAACGACAAGACCAUAAAGCUAUGGAAGGUGUUUGACAAGUCCUUGAAAGUGGUCGCUGAGAACAACCUAUCUAAUGAGAUGACUCCGCCCGCCCCGACGGGUGGUUUGCCUCGAGCACCCCGGGGCACGUUCAAGCAUGCCUCUGCGCUGAAGCUUCCCCGCUUGACACACCAUGAUACCGUCGUGGCCGCUGUGCCUCGGAGAACAUACGCCAACGCCCAUGCGUACCAUAUAAAUAGCAUCUCCGUGAACAGCGAUGGCGAGACUUUCAUCAGCAGUGACGACCUCCGAGUCAACUUGUGGAAUCUCAACAUCCAGGAUCAGAGCUUCAACAUCGUGGAUAUCAAACCAGCGAACAUGGAGGAACUGACCGAAGUUAUUACAGCGGCUGAAUUCCACCCCGUUAGCUGUAACUGGUUCAUGUAUGCUAGCUCAAAGGGUACCAUCAAGCUUGCCGAUAUGCGGCAGCGGGCCCUUUGCGAUGAACACUCUAAGCUGUUUGAGCAGGAAGAGGAUGCUUCAUCGCGGUCUUUCUUCUCCGAGAUCAUUUCCUCCAUUUCCGACGUUCGAUUCUCACAUGACGGCCGGUACAUCGUGUCGAGGGACUACCUGACCGUGAAGAUUUGGGAUGUGAACAUGGAACGUCAACCUGUCAAGACCAUUCCUAUCCAUGAGCACCUGCGCCCACGUCUCUGCGACACGUACGAAAACGACAGCAUCUUCGACAAGUUCGAGGUGGUCUUCUCGGGCGAUGCGGAAAACGUGAUGACCGGUAGUUAUAACAACAACUUCAUGAUCUAUCCAACAGAAGAGCAAAAGGAUACGGAGAUCGUUCUCCAGGCGGACAAGUCAGCCUUCAAGGCGAAGAAGGUUGGCGUGCCCACACCAAUGAACAAGGGCAGUGGAAAGAAGGCUGGUUCGCGAUCGGGAAGCCCUGCCGGUCCUGGCAGCCGCAUGAAGAAGGAGACCGAUGCAGACCAGAUCGACUUCAACAAGAAGAUCCUGCACAUGAGUUGGCACCCCUUCGAGGACAGCAUCGCCAUUGCUGCUACAAACAAUCUUUUCGUCUUUUCUGCCCUGUAA